AUGCCAUCCAGAAAAAAAGCAGCCAUGUUCGCAUCUGCUUUUCUGACCUGUGCGUGCUCUUUCGUGCUGAUUUGUGUCGUGCUGGCAACCCAGCACUGGAUGAGCAGUCAGGUUCGCUUUUCUGGCACGAACUCCAGCGUUACCGUGAGUCUCACCUACGGACUUUUUAGCGGCACCUGUGAACAGUUCGUUGAAGCGGGGCUUCAGGUUUCAGAAAAGACUUUCCAAGUUGCAGAUAACCUGAAGAGCACCAAGGCGGAAAGCACAAUCACUGCGAUUAUUGUGAUUCUGGUUCUUGGUUUACUGAGUUCCCUUCUGAGUUCUGGAUUUACCUGCACUAACGCUGUCAGUAAUCCCUACCAGACAUUUCUGGGACCUACAGGAGUCUAUACCUGGAAUUCCUUAUGUGGAAUCUUCAUACUUAUAGCCAUGAUACUUUUUCCUGUGAACAUAGAAGAAUAUGGCCUGUCCACAGAAUUGGCCAAAGGAUGUUUUUCUUUUCUGCAGACACAUAUCAGAUCUGAUCACGCUUACGGAUAUUCAUAUUGGAUCAUGCUCCUCAUCAUUUUUCUGAACAUUGCUUCUAUCAUCAUCAUAUAUUUCUAUGACCACGCCAGAUAUUCUAAGAAGAAAGAACAGGAAAGGCCCAUUGAAAAUGCACCAAAAGAUGUCAUUCUCUUUUAAGGAUACUGCUGAAAAGAGGAUGUAAAGAAAAAUGACUAUUUAAUAUGGACAAUCAUGGCUGAUCAUUUCCAUUCAAAUUGAAGCUGUGUGUAUAGUUCAAUUAACAAAAGAGCCUAUUUUGCCUUCAGAGUAAUUUGAUUUUAUCUUUAUGGUAGGCAUUAGUGUAAUACUUACAAGUUUCCAUUGGUAAACGUGCCACUUAAACACCUCCAGUAGAUGUGGCCUGAAGUAUGUGACGCCGGCGCCGUCCCAUAGGAACAGACCUCAAUGACCCUAUGGACCUGCUCUUUCCCGGAGGCACCGCUGUGAAAACAUCCUCCUAGACGGGCUCCUCCUCUCUGUAUCACCACCUCUUGCCCACACAGCACAGAGGGGCUGGUUCCCACCUCUGCUUUCUGGAUUUUUCUGGAUUCUGGGAAAGCGGUGGCUGCCCUGGCUUUCUGCAGGGGCGCACCAACAUCAGCAUGCCGCGGAUGUGCUUCUGCUUCAACCCGUUGGGCCUGAAAAGGAGGAUCAGAGCCACGGUUUUGGUUGCGUAUGUAAUUUAGGAUCUCAAGAGGCAGUGGGGGAUGAGAAACGGUCAUGAAGGUAUUGAUGCUUCAUUUUGUCCUGCAGUUCACAGAAUGAUCUCAGUUGGAAAAGCCCUUGAAGCUCCUCAAGUCCAACCAUGACCCUCCCCCUGACCGU